GGCAUACAAAGAAUCCAGUCUGUGUUCGCCGGCCGGCGACCAAACUUGUUUUGCUACCUUAUUUCCAUAACGAAGUAAAAUAGAACUACAAAACUAGGAAGACACUUUCGCUGUGAAGCUCCCAGAAAACGAACGUGUCCAGAAAAAUGAAAUCUUUCAUAGAGUAUUCCGCGAACACAGAUUUUCCUAUAGAAAAUUUGCCCUACGGUGUUUUCACAUCGCCUAAAAACGCCCAAAAACACAUUGGAGUCGCAAUCGGAGACUGGAUCCUAGAUCUCAACGUAAUCUCGCAUCUGUUUACCGGCCCGCUACUGAAAGACAAACAACAUGUUUUUAAGGACGAUAAGUUGAAUUCGUUUAUGGGCCUGACCAAAGCGCAUUGGAUCGAAGCAAGGAACACGUUGCAGAAGCUGCUGGACGCCAGCAACACCAAAUUGAAAAAUGACAAUGAUCUGCGGCAAAAAGCCUUCAUUAAGCAAAAUGAGGCGACAAUGCAUAUUCCGGCGCACAUCGGCGAUUACAGCGACUUCUAUUCGUCGAUCCACCAUGCUACCAAUGUGGGAAUUAUGUUUAGAAGCAAAGAGGACGCUCUUAUGCCUAACUGGAAAUAUAUUCCCGUUGGAUACCAUGGACGAUCAAGCUCCAUUGUUAUAUCUGGCACACCGAUCACACGUCCCCUUGGCCAGACACUUCCAGUCGAAGGAGCAGAACCCCACUUCGGUCCCUGUCGGCUGAUGGAUUUCGAGCUUGAAAUGGCUUGCUUUGUUGGCGGACCCCCGACAGCGCUGGGUGAAAGAGUUACUGCCAAACAGGCAGAGGAACGUAUCUUCGGAUUUGUUCUCAUGAAUGACUGGAGUGCGCGUGAUAUUCAGAAAUGGGAGUACAUUCCACUCGGUCCAUUCACCGCAAAGAAUCUGGGAACCUCCAUAUCGCCGUGGAUCGUCACCGUGGAGGCACUUCGUCCGUACAUAGUGGACAACUAUCCGCAAGAUCCUGUCCCGUUCCCAUAUUUGCGACAUGACGAUAAAUUCAACUUUGACAUCAAGCUAGAGGUGGAUUUAAAAUCUGAAAAAUCACCAGUGAUUACAACUAUAAGCCGCUCAAACUAUCGAUUCUUGUACUGGACUGCUAAGCAACAACUGGCCCAGCAGACUAUAACUGGUUGCAAUUUGCGUCCUGGAGACUUACUUGGGUCUGGUACAAUCAGUGGCGAUAGUUCAGAUUCCUACGGCAGUAUGCUUGAACUAAGCUGGAAAGGUACGAAACCUCUCCGCUUGCAAAACGGCGAAGAGAGGAAAUUUUUGCAAGAUGGCGACACUGUCAUCCUUCGAGGCUAUUGCGUUAACGAGCUUGGGGUACGCCUGGGAUUCGGAAAAUGCGAAGGCAAAUUGCUCCCAGCAUUACCAUAUAAGGAAUAAUAUUUUUGUCCACUUUUGGGAACUUUUAACACCACUAUAUAACUUAAAUUUUUAUGUGUAUCACUUUGUUAGUUUGUGUCACUGCCAGCUGUGUUUUGAAAAGCAAAAAUUUUAUAGUUUGUUAACAAUAAAUGUGUGAUUCUGUU